AUAAAAGCUCAAUUUCUAGUUGUCAAGUAAUAAGGCCUUUAUUUGUUUUCUAUACGUGUAUUGAGUUCCUUUGAUCAUAAUUUUAGAAAGUUGUCAUUUCUUUUAAAUAAUGUUGUCUUAUCUUCUAAAUCGUGUGGUCUCCUGAACGAGAGUUUCAGACAUUUUAGUUUACGAGCCUAAAUGCCUACAAAAUUUGUUUACAGUAGUCCCAGCAAUGAGCCUACAUUAAUGUGUCUUUACUGAACGCAUUCGAGCCAUGUACAAUUAAUGCGUGCCUACCCACAAAACAUUGUAACGGAAAGAUUAAGCGAACCAACCUAGCACUGACGAAGCGUAGUGAUUAUGACACAUUUUUUGCAAAUUCUUUAAAUUUUGCAGAAAGUUAUAUUAAGAGGCGAGUAAAGUAUCUGUAAAUAUGUGUAUUGUUUCUUAUUCCUGGAAAACACGAUAUACGCCUUCUCACUUGAAUGCUUUUUUAACUUUAUCACUUUUUAUUUCGGUGCUUUUACAGACGAGAUAGUGAAUCUAUCUAUUGAGUUCAUACACAAAAUCCAAUGGUAUAUCAUUUGUCUGUAUUUAAAAAUUAUUUUCUUUCAUAUGACGCAUGCGAACACUUGUUCUUGAAAUAACCACUUGAGUUACUUCAAACUUCUUUUCAGCGCGUGGUUUGUCAGGUCAUAAAAAAAUUAGAUAUUAUUUGCCAAAAUUUUUCUAAAACUUUUCACGAAGUAAGUUAUUCCCAUAAAGCCACUUUCCACCAGUUCACCUCACUUUUUAACUUUAUAACUUUGAAAGAAAGCUGAUAAUUGAGAAAAUUUCGUCCAUUUACAAAUGCUUAUUCGGCCUUGUAAUUGUUUUAUUAAAAUUUAUCAAGAACAAAGAACAUGUUUUUCAAGUUAAUAGCGUUACAACAGAAUUAACAAAAACCUUGCAAAUGCUUUCAUCAAAGACAAUUCGAAACAACAUACACACAAAAAAAAAACAUUUAAAACAACAACAGCAACAAAGGUGGAAACGAAUACAUGUAAAGUUACAAACAUUGAAAAGAUUUUAAUCGGGAAAAUAUGACUGGCUAUGAGGUAGAAACUGUUGGCAAUGUUUCUACUGAUCUUUACUGCUUUGUCUGCUUAAAGAUUAUGAGAAAUGCUGUCCAACCACCAUGCGGACAUGUUAUGUGUCAAGGAUGUUUUGAUGCCUUAGAGAAAGAUGCAUCAGAAAGGAAUACAGAGCUAGCCUGCAGGAAAUGCUAUGUUGCAAUAACACGAAACAAGGUGACAUCUGUGCCUCUAAUCGACCGAAUGAUUCUUUCCAUUCAAGUUAGAUGUUUUCAUCAUGUAAAAGGAUGUCAAUGGACAGGAGAGUUGGGAAAGCUGGAGAUGCAUCUAACCAAAUGCAGUCACUUGGCAAAUCUAUGUAGUUAUAGUUGUGGAGAGAAGAUACUUCCCUACAUGGAAAUGCAGCACUCGACAGAAUGUGAAUAUCGCACCAUAAGUUGUGAAUAUGAAGUUUGCGGUUGUGAUAAAAAGGUCAUUUUCAAGGAUUACAGCAGUCAUCUGGAACAAUCACGAGACUAUCACGUGAUGAUUUCCCUACAGAAAAUGGUUGUUUCUGAGAAUGAGAGGAAACUGCAAGGAUAUAUGCAAGUAAAGGGCGAAGUUCAGUCGGCACAAUUAAAGUUGGAUGCCAUUUUAAAAGAAGUUGAAGAGGAAGAGAAAGAAAUUAAAGAAGAGAUUGAAACCUCUUUGCAAGUUAUCACUCGAGAUAUAGAAGCGGAGAUAUACAGUUUGAAGCUUCAUGUGGAUAAGAGCGUUAAUGAGUUUGAUCGUAAUGCGCUGAAGCAUGCAGUAAUUACAGACAAUGACAUGGAGAAGCUGAAACUUGAUUGUGACAUGGGUGGAUUGCAGCGAAAGUUGGAUACUGUAUUCAUGGAUCAUCGGAAGCAAUACAGUUGCAAAGCAAAAGCUUAUGCUCGAGACAAGCUAAAAUCAAUGGAAGCUGUUAGGAACAAUGUGUCCAUACUUGCUCUGAAAGCCUCUGGAUAUGUAGACGAUACGCAACUGUGCAAAAUGAUUGAUGUAUUUGAAAAAUCACUUGAAGAUGGAACAAGAAAAGUCAAAAAUGUUUUGGGUAAGAUUGUUGCAAGUUCAGCAAAUCGUGUUGAACAACUGAAAAAUGCGUUUAAACUUAAAGAAGAAUCACUGAGUGAAAGUAUUUCACUAAAGUGUGCUUACCAGACCAGAUUUAAAAAUAUGGUGGACAAUUUUCACAAUACACCAACGCUGUAUCUAUGGAAAGUUGAUGCUUUUGAGAAUAGUGUCAUUGGUUCGAUUAACUGCUUGGCGUCACAUGUUAUAUCGGGUGGUAAUUUAUCAGCACAGCCUUCUUUUUGUCAAUAUUCUGUUGUGUGGUAUAACCGUGCUAACAUAAAUGUCUAUCACCGUCCAAUUCCAAUUCCUCCACAGCAUCACCAUAAUGAUACUUCUCCUUCUUCUUUGAUAAAAUUUUCUGUUUUGUCACAGUUGAAUUCAAAGACCUACGAAUGUGACAAUUCUUCUCCUCGCUUAUUGGAACAACCGAAAUACAAUCAACAAGCCUAUUCCGUCAUUAUUCCUUCACGGCGGCUAAAGAAUGAAAAUUUUUCUUUCCAACCGUUGCAUGAGAAUCAAAUUCCGGAGACGCUGGGAAACACUGUUCAAAGCAUUUCAUUCAACUCGAUUAUACAAGACAAAAACAAAGGAGUGCUUUUGGAUAAAGUUGUGUAUGUCAGAUGUGAACUUACAAAUUAAAGAAAAUUUUUACAGAAACAAUCUCUCCUUAGUAGGAUGUACACUAUCAUUAUUCUUACGUCUCUAUUGUUCUAAACUAUAGACGUAUGUUUCUGUCUAAAAUUCCAUCCUGAUAUUAUUAUGAAGCAUAUUCUUAUAAAUGAAAAAGUGUUGUUGUUGUUUUACUUAGAAUUUAGAAAUUUUUUAUUAUAAAAUCAUUUACACCAUUUUUUAUAAGCAUAAUCAAUCUUCGCCCAGGAAGAAAGAAAGCCCAGAAAGUACUCUGUUAGUCUAUUUAAAAAUAAGCUUUAUCUAUUUCUUAUGUAAUAAAUAAAAGCUCAAUUUCUAGUUGUCAAGUAACAAGGCCUUUAUUUGUUUUCUAUACGUGUAUUGAGUUCCUUUGAUUAUAAUUUUAGAAAGUUGUCAUUUCUUUUAAAUAAUGUUGUCUUAUCUUCUAAAUCGUGUGGUCUCCUGAACGAGAGUUUCAGACAUUUUAGUUUAUGAGCCUAGAUGCUUACAAAAUUUGUUUACAGUAGUCCCAGCAAUGAGCCUACAUUAUUGUGUCUUUACUGAACGCAUUCGAGCCAUGUACAAUUAAUGCGUGCCUACUCACAAAACAUUGUAACGGAAAGAUUAAGCGAACCAACCUAGCACUGACGAAGCGUAGUGAUUAUGACACAUUUUUUGCAAAUUCUUUAAAUUUUGCAGAAAGUUAUAUUAAGAGGCGAGUAAAGUAUCUGUAAAUAUGUGUAUUGUUUCUCAUUCCUGGAAAACACGAUAUACGCCUUCUCA